GUUUGGGGCGAAAACCACCGAUUUCCGGCAAAAUUAGGGUUGUGGGAUAGCAGCGGCUUGCUGGGGAAGCGGCGGGAGUGGGAGGGCACCAGCAGGUUCUGAUAAAAGUGGUGGGUUUGUGAAAAAUUACCUCACAAAGCAGCUGGCUGCGAAGCAAAGCGGGCUCCUGAGCGCGGCUGAGGGACCGGCGGGUGUGGAGGGAGCUUGCGGGAGGAGGAACAGCAAAACACGGGUUUCUGAGGAGAACUAAAGGCGGUUCCCAAAGGGCCGCCGUGGAGCGAGCGUUAUCCCACCUGACCAACACCCGAGCACCAGCGGCCAUGGAUCCGCAGCACUGGAGGCGUCUCGAGCUCGGGAACCUUUCCGACUGUCCCAACGGCUCCCGCUGGGUGAUGGAUGUGUUCAAUGAGUGUGCCCAGGACGGCCGGGACAUCGCCAGUGUCGUCCUGGGGCUGGUUUCCAUCUUCUGCUUUGCAGCUGCCUCCUUCCCGCAGUUUUACCAAGCCUGCAAAACAGGCAUCAUGGACCGGGCUCUCUCCAUAUAUUUCCUGCUGGGAUGGCUGGGCGGAGACCUCCUAAACCUCAUCGGUUCCUUUCUGGCUCAUCAGUUACCCCUGCAGGUUUACACAGCUAUUUACUAUGUGCUCGCAGACCUGGUGAUGUUGGCUCUCUACUGCUACUACAAAGUGAAGAACCGGGGUGGAGGAUUCACUGGCCAUAUCAACGCAGCCUUCCUCUUCCUUUCCCUGGGGACACUGUCUACUGUCUCCUUCCUGGGCAGAGGUGCUGCCGUGGCACAGGACCCAGUGGUGUUCAAAGGAAGGUCCCUGCUCUCCACUCAUGUGGGUGAGCUGGUGCCAGAGCCUUUCACCAGGAGCGAGAUCAUUGGCUUCACAAUUGGCUCUGUCUCCUCUGUGCUGUACCUGUGCUCCCGAGUCCCCCAGAUCUACACGAAUUACAAGAGGAAGUCCACCAUCGGGAUCUCCUACUCCCUCUUUGCCCUGGUGAUGCUCGGGAACUCGCUCUACGGCCUCAGUGUCCUCCUGAAGAACCCUGAGCCAGGGCAAAGUGAAGGGGACUACGUCCUGCACCACCUCCCCUGGCUGGUGGGCAGCCUGGGUGUCCUUUCCCUGGAUGUGGUUAUCUCCUUCCAGUUCCUUGCUUAUCGGGGAGGAAAACCUGGCACCCAUGAAGAGAGGGGUGCUCUUCUCGGCGAGCAGGGGGACAGCCUGGAGAGCUGACAGAGGGACCUACCCUGGAGGGAGAAGAGGAGGAUGCAGACACAAAAGCUGACCCCAACGCUGGGCAAACCAGCUCCUCCACCCUGGCAGCUCUUGGGAGAAGAGGACUUGAGCCAGGGUUGACAUGUGCUGCUAAAGCCCAGCUGGGUGGCAGAGGGUACUGCUGAGGGACCUUGUGCCUCUUUGAUACCAAUGAUGCUAUUGGGAUAAACAGGGAAUAACUUAGUACCUCAGAAGGUUGCUCUUUGUAGCUCUUACAGCUGAGCCCAGUCACUUCUCUUUAUCUGCUGCCUCUGGGGUGAUCUGGAGCUUUCUCAGUGCUGUCAAACAUGAGAAGAGCUUGAGGGGCUGUGGGGAGAGGAUGGAGAUGAGUGACCCACCAUAACCAUUUACCUCUGUGGGCCUUGUGUCUCCACUGCCUCUUUCUAGAAGAUACCUCAGUGACUGGGCCCAGUUCAGAAGGGAGGGAAGGAGCAGCGUAACCAAAGUGUUUCACUCCACACAAACCUGUUUGAAUUAGCACGGCUCAUGUCUAUAAACCAAGUCCUUGCC